UAUUGCAUAAUUGGCAAAAAAUGAGCGGUGAAUGAUGACCUCACGAUAUUUAGAGUUAAAAAAACUCAAUCAAUGAGACAAAAACCGAAAUUCAGAGUUCCAAAAUGCCUCAUUCUGCAUGCAAAUUGUCAAAUGUCUACGUUAUCAACUAAUGUAUUACUGAAUUUCCUUAUCCCAGGACUCCAGAACACAUCGGCUGGUCAGAUAGUACUUUCUGCCAUUCAAGACACUCCGAAUUCUGACGAUGCAACAUCUACAGUGUUGCAGACGCUGAACAUCGAUCCAGCCGUAAUGGCCAUAUUUCCAAAUCAACGAAUCUCUGUGGCGGAACCACUAUCAAUGAAGCUGUUGGCCGGCGGUGUGUCGAAUCAAGAUGAAUCAUUACAACAGCCAUCUACUUCGCGACAUGUAACGGAAUCGAUCAAAAUUCAGGAAACUGCAGAAAUCGCAGAUCAUAUGACGAUGAUGGAAACAGACGACCCUGUGGACGAAAACCAGUCUCCAAAUACCAAAACCAAGCGACCAAGAGCUAUUGAGAUCCAGAAAAGUUCCAAGAAGUAUGCUUCUUCGGACAUGAAGUUUCGCUCUUUCGAAGUCAAUUUCAGCAAACUAAGCGACAAUGUCCUGUCCAAGCUGGACAAAUUGCAGGAGUUCAAGGCCACAAAUCCCAAUACUGCUAUUCCAAGUGAUCUACGAAUAACGAAGAUGGAAACGACAAGCCUGGUCAACAGCAUAGUUGAUCAAUUGAGAACCGUUGACACCGACAUAAAGGCUAGUACCAUGGAAAUGGUUGCGAAGCAGUUACUUCGCAAAUUCCCGUGUCUCGAGAAAGUCGAUGAUGACGGGUACAGAAACGGUAUCAGUCACAUCGCACUGAAGCAUAAAAUGAUUAACCAUAAUGCGUAUUUAAAUCGGUUUCGAAAGUCAUCAGAGCAGCAAGCUCCGACUGCUAGCAAAGGUCGAAAUGUGCGAGCUGGCACACUUAAAUGUUAUUGGGAAAACUGGAAGAAGGACUGUGAAAAUGAAACACUAGCUAAGCUUCGCCGCGACGAACCGACUUUGCUAACCGAGGACUUUCUCAAAUCAUCACAAGCGUAUGUGAGACACAGACUAAACGACAGCAAAGAUCUUCUUCAGCUAAUGUCGGAGUAUCCAGUGUUGAGACGUAGAGGGCUGCUAAAAUACCAUUUUGAACAGGCCACGGGAGUAUCAAUUGACGAGCUGCGCAAAUAUUAUGACCUGAAAAGAGCGAAGAUCGUUAACUAUUCAGAAACAGCUGGCCGAAAGUUUAAGAAACUUAACAACGACUGCACCGAUCUGGAAGUCCUGCGGUUCUUAGCUUGCUUGGUGGGCGAGAAAAUAGAUGAUUUGGUUACAUACAGAGAGAUCGGAACCCGCAUCGAUGAAGUUCAUUUGGAUUCGCCCGGACCGUUACUGGUUUCUGUUGAUAUGGAACAAGACACAGCGAUGUAUUAUGUCUACGUCGACCAGGUCCGCCUAUCCGAAGGCACGGAUGAUGUCAUUUGCGCCCUGCAGGAUCUACUAUGCAUACAUUUUGUGCAUAAUUUUAAAUAUAUCAAGCCAGCAUCAAAAUUCCUGGAGUUGAUGCAGCAAUACCUCUUAAAGAUAAUUCCAUCAUCCGGAUCCAAAUCAAACGCAUAUCGCGUGGGAAAUCAACAGCGAGUUGUUCAAAAAGUUAUUGACCAUUUGUCAAGUCACGAAUUCUAGACUAUAUAAUAUAAGUCGAAGCACCUUUAUAGUAGGCCCAAAACACUGUAUUUGAAAAAUCCGUUGAAUAUGUGGAUGGCAGAAACCUAAAACUUUCUUGUAACAAGUUGUGUGAACAUUCGGAAUAAGAGAAACGUAAAAGAUAAUUAGAACAAAAAUUCGCGUGAUUCUUAAUGGAAUAAAAGAAUAUGAAACAUUGAAAUGUUUGAGAAAUCUAAGUAAAUCGAACUAAAACUCAAUAAAAUGUUUAAAACUAACAUACUUAUUUUAUUUCGUUGCAUAGAAAACUCCAUCCGCAAUGCUGUGAUUUAAAUGUGAGUUCAGCUGAUUUUACAUUGAAUGAAAAUAAUUUUUCUCACAUAAUGCUGAUUACACAUUUCCAUCACAGCAUUGCAUUUGAAACGUCAUUUCAAGAUGAACAUU